AUGAAUACUUUGAAACACCGUUGUUAUUACCAAGCUCUGGUGUUGAUUUAGAAAUGUCUUAAUAAAAAAAUUAUAACUCAAUAGGUCCAAACAUACAUCCCUUAAAAGGGAUUUAUGCUAUAAUUUAAGGGGUAAGGGAAGUAAUCUGGUACAGCCUCAUUUUAACACGGAGUCCUUUUCAUUUAUAGCUAGCAAGUUAUGGAAUAAGCUACCCUUA